AUGGCUAAGUCGAAGAACUCGUCCCAGCACAACCAGUCGCGCAAGGCGCACCGGAACGGUAUCAAGAAGCCCAAGACCUCGAGAUACCCCUCGCUGAAGGGUACCGACCCUAAGUUCCGGAGAAACCACAGGCAUGCGCUCCACGGCACCGCGAAGGCUCUGAAGGAGUUCCGGGAGGGCAAGAGGGAGACUGCUUAA